AUGGAUGAUAAAGAACUGCUGGAUUUCUUGUUGGAGGAUGAUAGCAUCACCAGACAGAGUAGUGUGGAUUCUGUUGCUGAUUCGUAUUUUUCAAAGGAUAUGAAUGUAUCAAAAAUUUCAAAGACUGUACAAGGUCUAUCAAAGGAGAGUGUACAUGGAACUAUUCUUCUCCCCAAGGUUGAUGAUCUAGGAGAUAUAGUGGAUGGGUUAGAUGAUUUAAUCUUAAGUAAUCAAUCCGCGGUUUUGGCUUCAAAUGGAAUGGAAAGUUCAUUUGCUAAAGUUUCUUCCAAAAAGCAGAAGACUAAGAAGCAAUCAAAGAAAGGUGAUAAGAAUGAAGGCAUUGAGAAUGAAAAUACUGUGCCCGUAGAUAAUACUCCCAGUAGAGGAAAGCCUGCUGCUAGUACAAAGAAGGGAAAUAAGAAGACUGAAUAUUUAUCUGAGAAGCGCAUGAAAGGCAUUAAUAAGAAUAGCAACGAUAAAGACGUGGGAAUAAUAGAUAUUUCGUCAAAUAAGACUGUGGUUUCAAUUGCUACAGCCUUGGAAGCUCAGUCUUCUGAUGAUGGACUAUCCAUUGCGCAGCAAAAGGCGGCCCUUGAAAGAGUUCUAGAUAUGGUGAACAAGAAGCUAAGAGAAUUAGAAAGAAAGAACGAUGCAAAAUCAGAUAAAUAUACAAGAAAUAGUCGAAAAGAGGCAAAAACGAAUACUCAAAAAGAGAAGGAUUCAAUUAAAAAUAAAAAGUCGAAAGCUGAACGAAUCACAGAUUCGAAAUCUAAGAGCCCAAAGCGUGCUGAACCUGAUAACGUAAUAAUACAUAGAUAUGUUGAGAAUAAAAGAUCACAUACAAAGCAACAAGAGAAAGAUUCGGAACGUCAUAGUGAGAAGCUAGAUAGCAUAUCACUUAAGGAUAGUCAGAAAAGGAAAAGAAACAGAAGGAAGAAGGACGCAUCGACAGUCACGGAAGUUUGA